AACUUGGCCACACUGAGCACACGAACGUCUACGAAGCUGUCUUUUUUUAAUGGCUGGCAAUUUUUGUACUGAAGAAUUCGACUUCGAUUCGCUCGGAAGAUAAUACAAUUUUUCAUCAUAAAUACAUAUAAAAGAUUAAAAAAUUGCAAAAUAAUUAAAUUAACCUGUAAGGGCGUAGUUAGCGCGACGGAUAGUGGCGGCCCAGCAAUUUAUUUCGCGUAAAGUACACUGGAAGCGUACUUGUUUGUUGGUCAUCUGCUGGUUGUAGCAUAUUAUGGAAGAAACAUGUCCCGAGUCUACUAAUUCAAUUAAAUUGGGCAUCGCUCAGCCAUCAACAACAGCAACCAAAACGAUAAUUUCCGUCGCAAAGCAACAAUCGCCUUUACAAUCGGAUUCGUUAUCGUUGAACGAACAACCUUCAACUUCUAGCGGCUUGAACACGGCCUCAAUGUCGCUGUUGCAGGAGGGAUUCGUUGACUCGCAACACGAUUUUGCCGAAGUUUUGGAUGAUGAGACGACCACUUCCGGUGUGCUAGAAACAUUUGAAAUAAGUUCAUCAAACUCACUACCGCCGAGUUGCUCAGAUGUGCACAGAGAGGUUGUUGUGGAUGAUAGUUCUUCAACGGAUACCAUAAAAUUGGUUGAAGUAUCUAACAGUACCUCUUGCAAUAACAAGUUUUUUAAUGUUUCUGAGGUGUAUGUAAUCAACGAUGAUGAUGACGACGAUGAUGUGCCCGAAGUGGAAGAAGGGGAAGUGGAAGAUGAAGAUUUGGCGUCAGUAAAUGAGACAGCUAUGCAUCCACAUAGUGUCCAAGAUAGCGAUAAUCAGCAUCAACUUAGCCGAUUCUCGAGCAAUAGUACGAACAGUCAAUUGGGCAGUGUUAUUGUAACUAAUGGAGGCGCGACAAUUUACCUUGAAACGCCGGUAGUCGAAGAACAGCAUCAACAUCAUCUUCAACUCAGUGAAGGGGGCGAAAACGGCGAGUUCGGAGAAAAAGCUGGGAAACCAAAACGUUUAAGCGAUGAAUUUAUGCUAACAGAUGAGGCCGAACCGUUUGGUAAAGUAAGUGAAAACAAGUCCCGAAACACAGAUGGUGAAACUAGUGCGACAACCACGUUUGAAGGAGUAGGCAGCAAUGAAUUAUUACCGGAUCGCGUGUCAUUUCGAUUGAAAGAAAUGAAUAUUAAUAACUCAGCGGGUACAAAGAUAUGCAAAAAUAAUCCUUGCAAUAAUUCUGAUAACUCCGCUGAUAGGCCUUCCAGUUCCAAAAGCAAUGAGAAUGAAGUCGUCUUAUUGCCAGCGCCCAGUAUGGCAGAUAUCGAAUCUAUGGAUUUAAUAGAACGCCGUGAUUUUGAGACAGAACAAAGGCUAACAGAUGGUCUUAUAUUAAAAGGUAGCUCUUUAAUAAAUAAUAAUAUGAUUAACUUGAGGCUGAUUAAUGCGUCAUGGAACACAGAAACACAUCGGGGAAAGUUGGAGCUGGAAGAUGAUUGUCCCAGCAGCAGCAGCAAUAUAAAUAAUAGUAGUCAUAGCAAUUUUGUUGGGCGCGCCGUUUCUUCAGACAGCAAGUGUGCUUACAAGGAUCCUGCGUCAACGCCAACGAGUAGCCGCAACUACAACAGUCGUUUAACCAAAUCAACUGCCAAACUUAAUUUGUGCUCUACUCUAAGUCAUCCUCAACAUCGGCAAGUGCAACCGCUUCAGGAUCGGGCCAUAAGUGCCAACAAUUCCACAAAAAUAUAUAUAAAAUCACAGCAGCCAGGCAAUAGUAACAAUAAGAGUCUGAUUUCAUUAUCCUCAUCAUCCCAUACUUGUACUUCAAUCUCGUCUGCAUCUACUUCUGCAUCUUCGUCAUCCGCAUCUUCAGCAUCAUCAUCAACUUCAUCAGUAAUUGUGGAGGCACGCAACGCAACAUCAGUUUCAUCAUCGUCGUUGCCAGGUACCCCUGCAUGCACCAUCGGUGGUAGUGGCGUCGGUGGCGGUGGCGCAGCCGCGGAGAUAUACUCCAACUCUAAUUCAAAUGACAGUCUUAUGAGUAGCGCAUCUACAACUACCAAUUGCCGCCAUCGGCAGCAGCAACAACCGCCAAACGGAUUGGCUGAUAGGUCAGAGGUUGGUGGCUGUAGCCGCACCAGCUCAAUACACGCUGCUGUGGCAGAGGCUGAAAACAAUGCAGUAGCUGCAGCGGCUGCCAGCUCUAGAUCAGCGCCCGCUUCCGUUUUUGACGACGCCCAACCUUCAACUUCAUCCGCACGUUGCCAAUAUGCUCCGUCCGUGAAGAGUUUGCGUCAAGUGCAUGCCAGCGCACAAACCCAUGAGCGGUAUAUCGGUCGUGGUGGAAUAGCAACUGUGGGAAUUAGUGGCCCAGCUGUAUCCGGUAGCGGCAUCAAUUUCCAGCUGGCAUCUAGCAGAAGCCGGCGUCGUGCCGACUUGGCCGCUCAGCUGAAUCGCAACAAUACCUCUGAAGAAGUAAUCACUGCAGCUUUUAAGGUGAUGGCUGAAGCGGCGGCAGCAGCCGCGGUGGCAGAUUACAAUGACGAAUCUUCAUGGGCAGACUGUGACGAAAAUACUUCUGAUGAGGAGAUUUGUACAUGUCAUCACAGCAGCAGCAGUAGUGCAAGUAAUAGUAGUCAUGGCGGUAGCAAUACCAGUCUAAACGAAACGGACACUGAUGCAGCGGAAAUUUCUUUUGGUGGUGGCACUGUCAGCUGCGCUGCCAAGGAUGGCGAUUUAUCAAAUUACAUACAAAUGGUUUCGAUAUCGGAGGAGGUGGGCGGCAAUGGUGCCGCUAACUCCACCACGGAGAACACGUCCAAUUGUGCAUACUUUAAUGCCCAACAACGUAAGCGGAAAUACAAUGAUAACCGUCUAUUAGGCGCCGAUUCUGGUGCUGCUGUUUCCAGCAAUGGCAGCGGUUCUAACAUGGAUGAUGUCAAUUGCAGGAAACGUAUAGCAUAUGAUUUUACCUCAACGACACGCCACAAUAGUGCUUUAGUAGCUUUGCCCUCCACACCAACAACACAAAUCGCGCAGCUGACCACCAUCAGUAAUUCUUCAAUGGGUCGUCGUACACCGCGUUCCAUCAUACCAACACGAGAGAAUCCACCACCCGAAUUGCAGCAUUGGUUGUCACAAUUCCAACGCUGGACACAUGUUGAACGACUCAUGGCGAUCGAUCGCCUGAUUGAGCAUUGCGAACCGACACAAGUCCGUCAUAUGAUGAAGGUGAUUGAGCCACAAUUCCAGCGCGAUUUUAUUUCGUUGUUGCCGCGGGAGCUGGCAUUGCAAGUGCUCGCCUAUUUGGAGCCAAAAGAUUUAUUGCGCGCUGCGCAAACUUGCCGCAGUUGGCGCUUUUUGUGUGACGAUAAUUUGCUUUGGAAGGAAAAAUGCCGAAAAGCACAAAUACUCACCGAACCGCGCACGGAUCGACCGAAACGAGGUCGCGCUGGCAAUAUGCCGCCAAUUGCGUCACCAUGGAAAGCUGCUUACAUGAGACAGCAUAUCAUUGAAAUGAAUUGGCGAUCGCGGCCAAUACGCGAACCUAAGGUAUUGAAAGGGCACGAUGAUCACGUGAUUACAUGCUUACAAUUCUCGGGUAAUCGGAUAGUGUCAGGCUCAGAUGACAAUACUUUAAAAGUUUGGUCGGCUGUCACGGGAAGGUGUUUGCGUACGUUAGUUGGUCACACUGGAGGUGUGUGGUCAUCUCAGAUGUCGGGCAAUAUUAUAAUCUCAGGUAGUACCGAUCGUACACUGAAAGUCUGGGACAUGGAUACUGGUCAGUGCUUGCACACAUUGUUGGGGCAUACCUCUACUGUUCGAUGUAUGCAUUUGCACGGUAAUAAGGUCGUUAGUGGAUCUCGCGAUGCCACGCUUCGUGUAUGGGAUAUAGAACAAGGUUCAUGCUUGCAUGUGUUAGUUGGCCAUUUGGCAGCAGUACGUUGUGUGCAAUAUGACGGCAAAUUGAUUGUUUCGGGAGCUUAUGAUUAUAUGGUGAAAAUCUGGCAUCCCGAGCGCCAGGAAUGCCUACACACAUUAUCAGGUCAUACAAAUCGUGUUUAUUCGUUGCAGUUCGAUGGUAUGCAUGUUGUAUCUGGAUCUCUAGAUACCUCCAUACGCGUGUGGGACGUUGAGACAGGCAAUUGUAAACAUACACUCAUGGGACAUCAAAGUCUUACUUCCGGAAUGGAAUUGCGGCAAAAUAUUUUAGUCUCAGGCAAUGCCGAUUCAACGGUCAAAGUGUGGGAUAUAACAACAGGCCAAUGCUUACAAACUUUGUCAGGUCCCAAUAAGCAUCAAUCGGCAGUAACUUGUCUGCAAUUCAAUUCGCGCUUUGUGGUAACGAGCUCAGAUGAUGGAACAGUGAAAUUAUGGGAUGUAAAAACCGGUGAAUUCAUACGUAAUUUGGUCGCAUUGGAUUCAGGCGGCUCAGGUGGCGUUGUCUGGCGUAUAAGGGCAAAUGAUACCAAGUUAAUAUGCGCCGUGGGUUCGCGUAACGGCACGGAGGAAACCAAACUAAUGGUUUUGGAUUUUGAUGUAGAAGGAGCUUGUGUGAAAUGUUCAUAGAAGAUGCGCCUGCAGUCAUUAGCAAAAUAAAAAUCAAUAUUAUUAAACACACAUUACACCGAAAGAGGAAAUAUUCAUAGCAUAGGUAGUAUUUGUAUGUAUAGCGAACAACGCUCCUCACAACAAAAUCUCCACAAAGAAAAACACGGGGAAACUAAAGAAAUUAUCUCUUACAAUAUAAACUUUAUCAUGUCAUGCACACCGCGGACGUUACACACAAUUCUGAUUGUUAAAUUUCAACAUCUAAGGCUGCAUUUUUAUUCUUGAAACAAACUUUUUCGUUUACUUAUUAGUAAGAAUCCGGAUAUGUUAUCGUAUAUUCAUGACGCAUUCUAUUUAUUCGAUCCGAGAGAUGGGGUUAUCUAAAAUGUAUGAAGAAAUGCAGCCAAAGUUUUGUGUAGAGAUAAUGAUAAAGACUUGCUAGGCUAAGGAAAAAAUAUACUUUGCCGUUUAAAAAUGCAUUUAGAAAUGCUGCAAUUGCGAAUAUAUAUUAUAUGGCACAGACAUUUCCGUCACAUUAAAGUAUGAAUCUUGAGCUUAUUGGAUGAUAAUUAUACGAAAGGCCAAAUACAUACGUACGCAUAACCGGCUAAUAAUAUUAUUUGAGAUUCCUUUUUCAGUAAUGAAAUGUUGAAAAUCAAUAUAAAAUUUUGAUUAAUUUAUAAAAUAUGAUACUAUUUCAAGUAUAGCAGCUUACUCGUAUACAUACAUAUAAGUAUAUAAAGAGCGGAUAAAAAUUCAUUAAUACCUGUAUGUAUUUCGUCCAAUGCGACACUUCAAUUAAUGUCAGCUCGACGGAAAUUUAUUGUUCCGCCUGUGCAUGCUAUGCUCGUUAUUUAGACCAGCAAGUAAAGAAAUUGGUAAUGGUUAACGUACCGCAAAAUUUGCGAGAAACCAGUUGAGGAGAAAAUUUUAGAAAUUACAUUUAAUUUUGGUAUAAGUAUGCAAUGCGUUUUAUAUUUUCGCACAUAGUAAUUCAUAAGCACUCGUAAAGGUUACGUACCUUUUUUGUCUUACUAGUACAACUAAUUUGUAUUUUUUAAUGUUUAUUUCAAUUAGUUAUAGCUAUUGAGUUUGUAUUUAACACUUUUUAAACGAAUUCGUUUACCAAUGCAGAUAUAUAACGCGCAAGUGGGAGGGUAAUCUUAUAAAGUGUGUAUAGAUUACUUUUAAUGAGAGCUUUAUAAACUUUAAAUCACGUAUACGUAGCGAUACUGUUUGCAAUUACAUAUAUACAUUUAAUAAAUAUUUUAAUUUCGUUUGUUUUAUCGCGUCAGCUCUAAAUUAUUGUAACAGCAAAGCGCUUACUGGUUUUAUAUAUUUUACAUAGAUUUGUUUACAUGUUUGUUUUUUAAUCGAACCCUUCAACUCGUAGCGCUUCGUAUUGACAGCCGUUUAUAAGCGUAUAACUAUAUUCUGUUAAAUAUUUUUAAAACACUGAAGCAAAAAACUACCAUGCCAACAUAUUUUGCUAUCGCGAUUGUAAGCAAGUAAUUGGAGUAGAUUGGAUUUAGGCUUUCAAUUGAAAAUUAUGUUCUUCCACAGAAAUCACCAACAACUGCGUGCUACGCGCGGUGGGUUGGUGGUGCGUAAUUUGUUAUACAAAAAUGUAGUAAAUUUUGUUUUUCUUUUAAACAACUCAAGCUUGUAAGAGUCAUCACGUUAAUAGUUUUGUUUAAAAUGUGUUAUUAAACCAAACAUUCACACAUACAAUUGUUAGGAUAUAUAUUAAUAUUAAAAAAUAUUUUGUUUAUCUGUAAUUUUGCGGUUUGUUAGCGUCGUUCGAUUAACAAAAGUCCAAUAUUGUUGUAGUUUGUUUAAGCAUAAUUUUCAAUCUUGAAAUUGCAGUUGUAAUUUUUGUUAAAGAAUUAUCGACGUCCUUCGUCAGUUUCCCAAUUUGUAAAUUUGGCUUAUUACAGUUUCAUUUAAUUAUGUAUAUUUGCCACUAACAUUGCCAUGAUUAGGAGCAUAACAUCUCAAAAAAAUCUGAAGCGAUAUUUUUAUACAUACAUACAUACUACAAACAGCAAUAAGCUAAAUAAAUUGAACAAAUGCAAACCAAUCGCAUCUAGUAAUUGCAAAUAUGGUUUGAAUUAAUAAAGUAGCUGUUAGACGUGGCAAGUGCAAGUCCUUUUCAAAAGUCUGUCAAAUUCAAGAAUUUCCAAAAGAGAUUGCAGGGCGGUACCUUGCGUGUAAAGUGGCUUCGAAAGCCACUUUUUUAUUUCUGAAAAUCAAACUUUCCGAUACUACUUUUUGUCUUUACACGGUGAACGCAGACAAGUCCACUUUCAGGCAUUUUUAUGCUUAUAACAAAAUUAAUGACCUGAAAAAUGUACUAAACCUGCUAAAAUCACAACAGUCACAAAACAGUCUAAUACUUUAAUACUUAAAUACUCCAUAUCAGUAGAAUAAAUUAAUUACACGUAUAUUUCAUACUAUAUUCAACAUUAAUAAAAUUUUAUACAAAUUCGCUAAAAACGCGGCACACGUCAACAGUCGAUCGGUUUGACAGCACUUGCAGGAAAAAUGAAAAUUGCUAGUGCAGCACGAGCAAGUUGAAAUUAUUUCUUGAAAGCGAUUUGCGUAGUUUCAGUUGCAGUUACUCCUUGCAAUUUUUAUUACCAAAAGUGAUUUCUCCAAAUCUGCAAAGUAGACUUUCGAUUUCGCAUUUUGUCAGCGAAACGCGUAGAAAAAGCGCUUGCAUUGCCACGUUUAACCGCACCUUAAGACAUAUAAUUCGUGUAGUAUGUAUACAUAUGUUUUUGUUAAAACAAAAGAAACGCACACAUGCAUAGCCAGCACCAAAAAAAUCAUGCUACCGGGUUAAAGAAUGAAUGCAAAUCAUCAGUUUCCGAGGGUGUUGAAACUAACACUAAGCCCUUUUGAUAAUAUUUAUAAAUUUCUUCGUUUGUUUAUAAGCUAUCGUACAUACAAAUGUGCAAACUACGCGCUCGAAGCCCGUUCAUGUGUGCGUGUGCGUACAUACAUAAAUAUAAUAGAAUUAUAAGUGAAGCAUAAAAAAGCAGCAUACAGAUUGAAUAUUAAAUUUUAAUUAUAGACUGAUUUAUUAGUAACUAAUCUAUAUUUUAAUAAUCUGUACUGUAUCAGUUUAAGUAUAAUGAACAAAACCAACAACUACAUUGUGUAGAGAUGCGAUAAGUAUAAAAUAAAGCAAAAAAAACGAAACAAAAAUCAGGUCCAAAUCUCGCCGUCGCAUUAAAUAGCAGCAGCAGCAGCAGCAACAAACUAAGCAAAACAUGUCGGCUUCAUUCAUGCGACAAUACAUUUAUUAGAUAUGUAUGUAUGUACAUAUGUACAUUCAUACAUAUGUAUGUAUAUGAAACAUUCAUUCAUUGUUCCAUGCAUUGCAUUCGCUUGGAACACGCCGCUCCGCAAGCGCUUGCUGUUUGUACGUUUGUUGUUUGCUUGAUCUGUGUGUGCACGAGCGUAUCAGCUACUAUUGUAAAACAUUAAUGUAUGCAUCUAUUAAUUAAUAUACUAAACAUCUAAAACAAAAAAUAAAAACAAAACUUAUUUGCAUAAAUUCAUAUAUACAACAAAGUAAUGCAAAUCAAGUACAUAUAUAUCUAUAAUCGCAAUAAAUUCAUAAAUUGAUUAAUAAAAUACAGUAAAUGUAAAAA